AUGCCCAGUGUGCUGCUCCCCUCAUCCGCCGCCGCCUUUGCGCCGAGGGCAUCGCCGAAUGUCGUGCUGAGCCGGAAGGUCGAGCCGUGGCUCACGGCGACCCUGAAGCGUGUCAACCGGGUCAAGCGACCACUGAACAAUGUGACCCAGCAUACCCGAUGUCUGACCGAGACCUUGUCCGGGACCAAGGCCAUCUGGACCCUGUGCUCCAUCAUGUUCCCCAAGGCUCCCGAUGCUGAUCUGCGCCGCGAUGAUAACCCGCUGGUGGAGGCCCUCUUCAACUACCAGAUGAUCCACGUCCAGGCUUACGUGGUGCAUGUCGACAUGGUCUCCCGGAACGAGGUGGCCUUUAAGCUGACUCCGGAGACGAUCGAGGCCCUGGUUGACUUCCAUAAGGACAUCUAUUCCGUCGACGCCAUUGCUAGUACCUGGGACUGGCCCGAGAAGGACUCCCAGAUGAAGAAGCUUCAGGAGGAGUUCGUCCAGGCGGCCAACCGCUUCAUCUACCGGACCAGCGCCCAGGCUCUCGAGGGUCUAGAGGACGACGGCGCUGGGGAGUUGCUGGAAGCCCGGAGCGAUGAGGCCAAGGCCAUGAUCCUGAGCCUGUUCGUUCCCUUGCUCCCGCCGCCCCCGCGCGUCGUCGAUGUCCUGCGUCCGCCCCCGUUGCUUCCCAGUGCCACGGGCCCCGACCCCUGGUGGUCUGCUGGUCCCCCCCCACCGCCGCCUGUCGCCCCCAUGGAGUCGUGGAAAAUCUUGCCCUCCAGUCCGAAUGUCGUCGUCUGCACAACCGAGGCUAACCCCAACCUGUGGGCCGGCCUCCCGCUCUCCGAAAUGCAGCUUCCUUCGCCGACCCCGUCUUACAGCCAACCCUAUACCACAUCGCCCUAUAGCACUGCCGAGCAGUACUACAGCACGGUGACAACGGCCGCCUUGGUUGCCCUGCCGCUGCCUAGCAUGCUGAUCCAACCAUGCAGCACGGCCGCCAGUCUGACUGGGUUUGGCUGGGGGGAUCGGGGAUACCAAGAUUUCGCCUUGCCUUACGGGACUAUCAUGUAA